CAGCGAUGGUGAAAUUGGGUUGGGCACAGCAGGGCCGUAUAUAUACUAUCACGUCUCAGAGUGAAAUUGUCUAUACUUAGUUUAUUGGUUUGAUUCGUCUCACCGCUGAUGGCUGUUCUCGCUCUUCCCUUGUUGACUUCAAUCAUCAGACCUCAUAAUUGUCGCUUCUCUUUCUUCAUCACCGCCGUGCCCCGCGAACAGGCCACACUUCGCCGGCGCUUUUUCUCCCGGAUCCACAGUAUCUCCGCUUUGAACACCCAUUCGGCGUGCCAUGACUAUGACUCUGGCCCCAAUUCUGAUAAUCGAAGUAAGCUACCGGCCCCCACUUUUCAACAAGCAAUCCAGCGCCUCCAGGAGUAUUGGGCUUCUGUAGGAUGUGCUGUGAUGCAAUGCAGCAAUACUGAGGUUGGAGCAGGGACAAUGAAUCCUCUGACAUUUUUAAGGGUUCUAGGUCCGGAACCAUGGAAUGUUGCUUAUGUGGAACCUAGUAUUCGGCCAGAUGAUAGCCGUUAUGGUGAGAAUCCGAAUCGGCUUCAAAGGCAUACUCAAUUCCAGGUUAUAUUGAAGCCUGAUCCUGGAAACUCGCAGGACCUUUUCAUCCGGAGUUUGUCAGCCCUAGGAAUCAAUAUUAGUGAGCACGACAUUCGCUUUGUUGAGGACAACUGGGAGAGCCCAGUGCUUGGUGCCUGGGGUUUGGGUUGGGAAGUUUGGAUGGAUGGGAUGGAAAUUACCCAAUUCACAUACUUUCAGCAGGCUGGAAGUAUUCAGUUGGAGCCAAUAUCUAUUGAAAUUACUUACGGCCUUGAGCGUAUCCUUAUGUCACUUCAGGGAGUUGAUCAUUUCAAAAAUAUUCAGUAUGCCCAUGGGAUAACAUAUGGAGAGCUUUUCCUGGAAAAUGAGAAGGAAAUGAGCGCAUACUAUCUGAAACAUGCUACUGUUGAUCAUAUUAAAAAACAUUUUGAUUUGUUCGAAGCUGAAGCUCAACAUAUGCUUGAUUUAGGCCUACCGUUACCUGCGUAUGAUCAGGUUUUGAAGACAUCCCAUGUUUUUAAUAUACUAGACUCUAGAGGCUUUGUUGGAGUGACAGAACGAGUUCGUUAUUUUGGUAGGAUGCGUAGUUUAGCUCGUCACUGUGCUCAACUCUGGCUAAAGACAAGGGAGAGUCUUGGCUACCCACUUGGUGUGAUAUCUCACCCUGACCAUCUUGUUAUUACAAGAGAUACGCUGAAGGGAGCAGCUGGACAGGUGCCUGAAGAGACACAGUUGUUUGUGCUUGAGAUCGGGACAGAAGAGCUGCCCCACAAUGAUAUAGCUGAUGCAUGCGAGCAACUCAAAGAUGUAAUUGUUAAGUUGUUGGACAAACUCAGAUUGGCUCACGGAGAAGUGCAAACAUAUAGCACACCACGUAGACUUGUGGUUCAUGUUCAACACUUAAAUUUUAAGCAAGAUGAGGUUGGUGUUGAGGUUCGUGGACCUCCAGUUUCCAAAGCAUUUGAUAACCAAGGAAAUCCAACAAAGGCUGCUGAAGGUUUUUGCCGUAAAAACAAUGUUCCCAUAAAGUCCAUGUACAAACGGCCUGAAGGUAAAACGGAAUAUAUCUAUGUACGUGUAGUGGAACAUGCUCGGCUUGCUCUAGAGGUUUUAUCUGAAGAUCUACCUGGGGCAAUAUCCAGGAUAUCAUUCCCGAAGUCGAUGCGUUGGAACUCUGAUGUUCUCUUCAGCAGACCUGUUCGUUGGAUUUUGGCCCUUCAUGGAGGCGUUGUAGUACCCUUUUCAUUUGCUGGUGUAGUGAGUGGAAAUGUGUCGCAUGGUCUACGUAACACUCCUUCUGCCACUGUGGAGGUAGUAGAUGCAGCAUCGUAUGGCGAUAUGAUGCAACAUGCUGGGAUUUUUGUUGAUGUUGAGCAACGCAAGAAGUUUAUAUUGGAGCAGUCCCAUGAUCUUGCAAAAAGUGUAAAUGGAUUUCCUAUCGUGCAGACUGGUUUACUUGACGAAGUUGUAAAUCUUGUUGAGGCACCUGUGCCAGUACUUGGAAAAUUUAAGGACACCUUCCUAGAGCUUCCUAAAGAACUACUGAUAAUGGUCAUGCAGAAGCACCAGAAAUACUUUGCAGUGACUAAUGAGAAUGGGGAUCUGCUGCAUUACUUCAUUGCUGUUGCAAAUGGAGCAAUUAAUGAAACGGCGGUGAUAAAAGGAAAUGAAGCUGUACUCAGAGCUCGGUUUGAAGAUGCAAAGUAUUUCUAUGACUUGGAUAGAAGUAAAAAGUUUUCUGAAUUUCGAAUUCAACUAAAGGGGAUACUUUUCCAUGAGAAGCUGGGAACAAUGCUGGAUAAGAUGGUGCGGGUUGAACACCUGGUUAGUGAAGUUAGUCUGUCUCUGGGUAUAGAUGAAGAAACUCUUGAAGUUAUCCAUGAUGCAGCAUCUUUGGCAAUGUCAGAUCUAGCUACAGCAGUUGUUACAGAGUUGACCUCCCUCUCAGGGAUAAUGGCACGUCACUAUGCUCUUAGAGAUGGCUAUUCAGAGGAGGUGGCAGAGGCCUUAUUUGAGAUCACUCUUCCACGGUUUUCGGGAGAUUUAGCCCCAAAAACAGUCGCCGGGACAAUGUUAGCAAUUGCUGACAGGUUGGACAGCCUUGUUGGCUUGUUUGCUGCUGGUUGUCAACCAAGCUCUACUAAUGAUCCAUUUGGCUUGCGAAGGAUUGCUUAUGGCCUUGUGCAACUUCUGGUAGAGAAUGACAGAAAUAUGGAUUUAAGACAAGCUUUGCAACUUGCUGCUGCUGUUCAGCCCCUGAAAGUAGAGGCCAGGACAGUUGAUGAUGUACAUCAGUUUGUUACACGAAGAUUAGAACAAUUUCUGAUGGAUAAAGGCAUUGUCCCUGAAAUAGUUCGAUCUGUUCUUGUGGAGCGGGCAAACUUGCCUCAUUUGGCAACCAAGUCAGCACAAAAAAUGCAAUACUUGUCAGAUGGGGUCCUGCGAAAGGUUGUGGAAGCAUAUUCUCGCCCAACAAGAAUUGUGCGUGGAAAGGAUGUAAAUGCUGAUGUGGAGGUGGACGAUACAGCUUUUGAAGCAAAUGAAGAGCAUCGUCUGUGGAACACUUUUCUAUCAUUAAGAAGCAAAGUUCAUGCUGAAAUCGAAGUGGAUGAUUUUUUUGAAGCCUCCUUAGCACUUGUAGAGCCGAUAGAGAAUUUCUUUAAUCACGUGUUUGUAAUGGUGGAAGAUGAAAGAAUAAGAAACAAUAGGCUUGCCAUGCUCAAGAAAAUUGCAGAACUACCUCUUGGAAUUGUAGACCUCUCAGUCUUACCGGGAUUUUGAAUGUUUAACCCCUACAUGCUACGUAAAAUAUGUACUUUUUCUAGAAUUCAUAUUCCGUAAUCACAACAUUGUAUUCACACGAUUGGUUUGGGAUAAGAAUUUGUUAUAAGUAGCUGUUGUUAGUUCUCAUUUUUCAUACGAGGAGUGCUUUGUAAAAAUAAAAAAUAAAAAAAAUAAAAAUGUACUCUCUCUCUCUAUAUAUAUAUAAAAUUAGACUAAGCU